UCUGCCUUUGCUUUAUGUAGUCAAGCGAGACUUGGCGCCUGGAAAGUAAAAUUUAAUAAACUAAUAAAAAGUUUGGUUAUUUAAUAUCAGGUUGCACAAUCAGGUUUUCUUAAUAGGCUAAAAUAUAAUUUCAACCUGUAAAGUCAGCAUUCUUUUUUUUACGGGAAUUACCUAUAAACUAGUUCUCCAGUUAUCUUUACUACAAAUCCCAGAAUGCAUGUGUUGGUUACCUUGGAAUCAGAUUGUUGUGUGAAAAGGCUGCUUCAGUAAAGAAGAGCCCCACCGAAACGUCAAUUUGAACAUCUAUUACACGGUUAUUGAAAGUGUUCAUGGAUAAAAUUAUGUGUGGAGCUCCGGUGGAUUUAUCUUUCAGAAGUCUCACCAGAUUGACAGGUUCUGAUCUUCAUCAUGGUUUCUCUAAAUACGCUUGGACAGAGAAUCCCCACAGCAGUCUUCGACCUUUAAAAAAAAAUUCAGAAAGUAAAUAUCUUAGCUGCUCCCUCCGUCUCAGUAACAACAGCAUCAUUGACCUGUGUGACCUCCAUCAGACAGUGAGCCACUUCCUGGCUGAACCCUCAAGUCUCGCCUGGCUGGACCUCUCCUUCAACAAACUCUCACAUAUAGAUAAGGUUUUGUGCGAGUUGCAUGGACUCCGCGUGUUAUAUCUUCAUGGAAACAACAUUUCUACUCUGUCAGAGGUGGACAGGUUGGGUGUGCUCCCCCAUCUUCACUCCGUCACUCUACAUGGAAACCCCAUAGAGACAAACAAGACUUACAGGAAUCGUGUGAUUUCGGCAUUGCCGCAGUUAAAAACGAUGGACUUCAGUGCUGUGACACAGCAGGAGCGAGUCCUGGCUAAGCUGUGGCAUCAGAGCAACUCCCGCUGCAGAAGCAGCAAGAAGAGCCUUCACUGAAUGCUAGUGUGUGGAAAUCAUAACUCAAUUCAAAAGCUUCACUGCAAGAAAACAGAUUUUUAAAUAUGCACAUUUGCCACCAGUAUUUCAACUGAAAUUAGUGUUGUAAAUAUUUCUUGCAAUUCAAUGUCACAAUUUGAGGUUUCUGUGCUGGAAAUAGAAAAAUAACUGAGAUUUAGUUUUUUUGUUGGAGAACAUCACUGAAACCUACUCGUUUCACAUUUUAGCCAGUAUUAACUUGCAAUUUUUCAAAUCUAAUCAUGGCAUGGAAUAUGAGUUUAACCGAUUAUGAAGUUUAAGUUCAAACGUCUCUGAACUUACAGGUGCAUCUCAUCUGUAAGUUGAAUAAUAUUGAACAGUUAUGCCAUGUCAACAAUCCUAAUUAGGACAUGUAAACCUGAAAUAUUUAAUGGAUUUAUUACAUAGAGAGUGUUAUAUUAUUAAGUGUUUAUUUCUAAAAAAAAAAAUAUAUAUAUAUAUAUAUUGUUAGGAAUUACAAGCAAUGAAACCUAUUCAGUUCCUCACAUAAUUAAGAGAUCAUGCAAGACCAAAAAAGAUAUAUUACAUAGAAAUAUUAUGUCUGACAAAAUCAUUUGAAAGGCUGCAGACUUGACAGUUGUUCAGCAGAGAGUUAUUGAGCCUCUCCACAGGGAGGUUGAACACAAAGACCUAAGAGUCACUGCAAGUCAUUUACAGUUCAUGUUCUGGUACAGAACAAUCCAGAACGCGGACUAUAACUUUUGUAUUCCUGGUUUUAAACCCCUGCUGCACCAGAGACAUCAGAAAUAUCUUGCAUGGACCAAGAAGGAAAAUAAGUAAAUUUUUGCUUAGUGGACCAAUUUGCUUGACUGACAAGUACAUUUUCCUGAUAUAAACUUACAAAUAAUCCAGGAGGAAUUGUCUAAGAAAGAGAACUUGGGUUUUUUAUUAGCCAUAAUCAUCAAAUUCUAAAUCCUAGAAAUGUAUCAAUAUAUGUGUACAAUGUCAUAAUUACUUUUUGAAUGACUGAAAUAAAGUAACAUUUCAAUGUUAUGCUAAUAUAUGAAUUUGUACCUGUAGAAAUGUUUGAUUCUUAAUGUAAAUUAUCUGUUAAAACUCUGUAACAUCACUAAAUAAACUACUUCUCAGAAGUCAACAUGUGGUCACUACAAUAAGACACAAUUGUUUUCUUGAAACUUUUUAAUGAACUGAUUAAACCAAACAAAAAUAUUUUUAACUUUUUGGUACUAGCCUAAGAUAGUACAAACAUACAGUCUUCCAUGUAUUACACAUUUAAGUAACAGAAAAAAAAAUGCCAAGAAUCCAUUGCAUAACAAAAGCACUAAUCAAUUGUGUGGUAUAAAUAGUCUUGCAAGCUCCCUUUAGCGACUUGAGAUCGUCUCAUGUUGUGCCCUCCCUUAAAGAGCACAUGUACAGUUAGAAACAAAAACACAUAAAUAAUCGGCAAAAGAUCUGAGGUUAUUUAAUCUGCUCGGGUAUAAAGAUUAUCACUCUUCCAUGCUGCAACAAGUUAGAUUCUGAUUAAUAUGAAAACCUCAAUCCGGGGGGG